AUGAAUUCGCCUUUUGCAAAUCGGCGCAAAGCGCGCAAGGUUGGCGGGGAGGAGGAAGAUGUGGAAGAAGACAAAACCGAACAAGGUCGGUACAAAGUUUAUCACCCCGCCACUUCCCCGAGCGUUGCACGCACUCAAUGGUGUGGAGGAAUGAGACUAACAGGAAGAAAACCAGGGACUGAACCAGUCGUUAAGAGACCGGGGAACAAGCAAAAACAGAAAUCCAAGUUGCGCCUCUCGUUCGGCCCUGGGGAGACGUCCAUGACCGAAGAUGGUGGCGAAACAAGCGAAGUGAUUACACCCAAGAGACCUAGUCUGGGUAGACGGGUCCUAGAGAAGAACACAUUUCAACGAUCGUCCAGGCUUUCCGGGUCUUUUGAACAUCUUCCCUUCAGAGUCGGGCAAGAUCAAGACAGACCCAGCUACGGUGAAGACUACUUGAAAGAACUACGAGACUCGACCCCUUCCACGCCCAGAAACAUCAACUCUCUUCAGCCAGAUGGUGAUGAGACUGACAAAGUGGUGGAUGUCGCCGCCAAGUUCGGAGAGAUAGAGAAGACGUCCACGCAAACCGUCAUCCCCAGUGAAGCGGAGAUCAGAAUGAAGAAAGAGCGACGGGCACGACUAGCCCGAGAGCAGGAGUAUAUUUCUUUAAAUGGCGGUGAUGAAGAAGAUUAUUUGCCACUCGAUGGGAAAAAGGAGAAGAAUAACACCCGCCUUGUAAGGGAUGAUGAGGAUUUCGCAGAAGGAUUUGAUGAGUACGUCGAGGACGGCAGGCUCUCCCUGGGCAGAAAAGCGGAGCUUGAACAGCAGCGGAGACAGCGCGAAGAGAUGCGAGAGUUGAUUGAGGAAGCUGAAAAUACUUCGGAGGAAGAUGACUCGGAUGUGGAACACAAGGCUGCAUAUGAAGCAGCCCAAACGCGGGCCGCCAUCGGCAGCGACCGUGGUGACUUAUCUACACGUCCAAGGACUCCGCCGAAGGUCACAUCUCUGCCACAUCUAGCGAAUAUCCUGGAACGUCUGCGCGCCUCUCUAGCUGAGAUGGAGAACUCAAAGAAGCUGCUGGUGAACCGGAUGGAGGAACUUCGGAAGGAGAAAGCCGACAUCGCAGUACGUGAAGUUGAGAUCCAAACUUUGAUCAAAGAAGCCGGUGAGAAAUAUGAAAAGCUUCGAAUCGAAGCCGGUCUCGCUCCGGGUGAAGGUGGACUGCCUGGAGAUGCUCCACCGAAUGAUCGAGGCUUGGAAAGUCUGGGAACAUCGAUGCCUGUCUCUCGCGCGGACUCGGACGCAGAGUGA